GCAGUCCCCGCCCCCCCGCGGGGCCUUUUGCACCAAGUCAGAUGAUGAGAAGUUAGUCUUCCUCUCCGGGAGCUGCUUCGCUUCUUUUUUGGUGUUCCCUGUCCUGCUUCCCCAAGGAAGCCAGAAGGACCCCAGAGUCCAUGAACUCUGCGCACCCCGGCCCCUCGCAGAGGGCUGAUGGUCAAGACAUGAAGAAGGAAGGGCAGCCUGGGAGUUCCAGCAGCAGCCUGGCCUAUGGCGUCUUGGACGUCCCUCCGUGGUAUCUCUGCAUCUUCUUGGGGAUCCAGCACUUCCUCACCGCCCUGGGGGGAAUCGUGGCAGUGCCGCUGAUCCUGGCCAACCACCUGUGCCUGCAGCACGACCCCCUGACCCAGAGCUACCUCAUCAGCACCAUCUUCUUUGUCUCUGGCAUCUGCACUCUCCUGCAAGUGCUUUUAGGGGUCAGGCUGCCCAUUCUCCAGGGAGCGACAUUUGCUUUUUUGACACCCACUCUGGCCAUGCUCUCCCUUCCUGACUGGAAGUGCCCUGAGUGGACACUCGAUGCCAGCCAGGUGAACACCAGCUCCCCAGAAUUCACUGAGGAAUGGCAGAAGAGGAUCCGAGAGUUGCAGGGCGCAAUCAUGGUGGCUUCCUGUAUCCAGAUGCUGGUGGGCUUCUCAGGCCUCAUUGGCUUUCUCAUGCGCUUCAUCGGCCCUUUGACCAUUGCUCCGACCAUCUCUCUGGUGGCCCUGCCUCUCUUCGAUACUGUGAGCGAUGGCGCCGGGAUCCAUUGGGGGAUUUCUGCCAUGACCAUCUUCCUCAUCGUGCUGUUUUCUCAGUACCUGAAAAACAUCGCGGUGCCCGUGCCUGCUUAUGGAGGAGAGAAGAAGUGCCACACCUCCAAGUUCUACCUCUUUCAGGCCUUCCCUGUGCUGCUGCCCCUCUGCAUCUCCUGGUUCAUCUGCUUCGUGCUCACGGUCACCAACGCCCUCCCCACGGACCCCUCAACCUACGGGUACCUGGCCCGCACCGAUACCAAAGGCAGCGUCCUGAGCCAGGCCCCUUGGUUUCGCUUCCCUUACCCAGGACAGUGGGGCGUCCCCACCGUCAGCGUGGCGGGGGUCUUUGGGAUCAUCGCGGGGGUGAUCUCGUCCAUGCUGGAGUCGGUAGGUGACUACUACGCCUGCGCCCGGCUGGUGGGGGCCCCGCCGCCCCCGAAACACGCCAUCAACCGGGGCGUCGGCAUCGAGGGCCUCGGCUGCCUGCUGGCGGGAGCCUGGGGGUCCGGGAACGGCACCACCUCCUUCAGCGAGAAUGUCGGGGCUCUGGGCAUCACCAAGGUGGGGAGCAGGAUGGUGAUUGUCGCCGCGGGCUGUGUGCUGCUCCUGAUGGGCAUGUUUGGCAAGAUUGGGGCUGCGUUUGCCACCAUCCCAACCCCCGUGAUUGGAGGCAUGUUCCUGGUCAUGUUCGGGGUCAUCACUGCCGUGGGGAUCUCCAAUCUGCAGUGCGUGGACAUGAACUCAUCCAGGAACCUCUUUGUCUUUGGCUUCUCCAUGUACUGUGGGCUCGCCGUUCCCAACUGGGUGAAGAAGAACCCCAAGAUGCUCCAGACAGGGGUUCUCCAGCUGGACCAGGUCAUCCAGGUGCUGCUCACCACGGGCAUGUUUGUCGGUGGGCUUCUGGGCUUUCUGCUGGACAACACCAUCCCAGGAAGUAAGGAGGAGCGAGGCCUCGUGGUGUGGAAUCAAAUCCAGGAGGCGUCUGAGGAGACCCUGAAGGCCUCGGAGGUCUACGCUCUCCCCUGGGGGGUUGGCACCAAGUUCUGCACGUCCCCCUUCUUCCAGCGCCUCCCCUUCUGGCCCCCGCGGGGACCCAGAGGGACGGCGGAGGGGGACCAGAGCCAGCGCAUCCUCGGCUCGCAGGCGGCCUGGAGAGAGAGUCCGCCGGGAGCCUCAGAAACCAGGAUGUGAGAACCGCCCCUCUGCGCACACCCAGCCGCCCCCCACCUCCCCCACCCGCACUUGUGGCCGCCAAAGAAGUGUAGGAGCACGGCCCGCGUGCCCCACCUGGCCGCCCGGUCGCCGCGUCCGGCCUCGAGCGCGGCCAGAGCGGCCGGCGCCCACACUCUCCCUGCUUUCGCACACGCCCUUGGCAGUAUUAGAUGUGCUGGGAGGAAGAGGCCUGCGCUGGGGCAGGGCUGGAGAUGGGCUGUUUGCUGAGAGGGGACGGAAUGGUCUUCUUCUUCUCCGAUGGGGGCAGGGGGCCCUGUGCCCUCGCUGUCCCCUCCCUCUCUGGACCGGCCGCCAAAGCUGGGUGGGAGCACCCCCUCCUUCCCUUCUUCCUGCACCUCCUCUGGGUUCCUGGCGCUGCAACCCCCUCCAGGCCAGAGAGGGCCGGGAGCCAAAGUCCAGGGGUGGCAGGGCUGGACUUAGCCUGCUCAGACCCCAGACUCUGUCUACCAGAGUGGACUGCAGGCUGCUGGGAAGCUGAGCUGGAUCUGCUACCUUGGGCUUCUCCAGAAACUUCCACUGUUUCCCUAGAGGACUCAGUCUUAUGACUUCACCUUUUGAUGGGCACUGGGUCCUACUAGCAAGAAAAAGCUUCCAUUCUCUCUCUCAACACCUCCUUCCCCAUCAAGGACUCUAUCCUUGCUUGGCCAAACUCCCUCCUCCCAAAGGAAGGGGAGACAUUUUGCUGGGGCUGGGGAGAAGGGGAACAUCUGACAUUGUUCCAGAGGUUGUUUCCAGCAGGGGCUCUCCUGCCCACCACCCCCACCAUUCACCCAUCUCUGCUUGGCAUUGGGUGGGUGGAGUAGCUCCUGUAACCUACUUUACAAGGCUUGGUGAUUUCCUGUCUCCCAUCACGCUGGGCAGGAAGGGUGUGUGUUCUUGUGUGCUAGAAGUUGAGGUGGUGUGGGGAGUCCACCAAGUACAAUGUCUGUCACUAAUGGGGGUAGAAAAGCCACGCGUCCCUGCUCUGCGUGCAGACACCAUAGAGAGGUGUGUGUGGGGAGGCAGGGGUGAGCAGGGUACAGACCUGGUAGUCUCAGCCUUGUUUCCUUCCCUCCCCCAGCUCCUCCACUGAAACCUUCCAGUAGCCUUUCAUGCCACAGGUUUCUCUCAAUAUCCAAGUGACCCUGGAAGUGGGAGGGGUAACCAGGUGGGCAGGAGGGGCCUGAGGCCUGGCUUUGGGAUAUAGAGACAGGAGUACUUCUCCAGGUGGAAAAAAUAACAUUGCUGGGAUUUCGUAAGGGAGAAGUCCUGAGACUGAGCUGGAGAUGGGAAUGCAAGUGAGAUCCAUUAGACCCCGGAUUCCCUCCAGUUAUUCUGUGUGGUGGAAACACAAGCCCAUGGGGAAAAGAUUGGCAGAGAAGGAGAUGGCCUUCAGUGCAUGCAGUUACAAACUCACAUAAGUGGGGAUGUAUAAUUCAACUCUCUUUAUCGAGUGAUGGGUUCAGAAUGGCUAAUCUUGAAGACCAUUCCUGGGUGUAUUGAACCAAUGCCCUGAUGCCUCCAAAGCUGCCUGAGAGGCACCUUGGGGAGAAGAACAGACGCCACCAUACUCCUGGGACAGUUCCAGUUGCUGUCCCUCAAAAUACAGUGGCUUCAGGGAUGAAGGAGGAUUGUCGCUUAACACGAGGAAUGUCAGUCUUGAAGGGGGUGAGGAGGUGAAGUGGGGGUGGAGUGUGAUACAGCCGAAUUCUGUCAUAUAAUGGACCACGGUGAUUGUGAUACUCCUGAGAACAGCCCUGAAUGAUGCCCCACGAUGGAAUCUGCUCAGCCAGUCCUGGAGUACUAUAGGAGUAGUGGUACCCUGCGUGCUUGAGGAACAUAACAGAUAAUAUCCCAAAAGAUGAUCCAGGAUGAAAAUAGCUGUAAAAGCUUCUGACUCCUAGAAGAAUGCUAAAGGGAAGCGAGGAUCUUGUAGGUUCGGCCCUGACCUUGUACGCCUGGUGUACAGCCUUCCACGGUGACUGCAAAGGCAAAAGAAAAAGACAGGCUUCCCCGCUGGCUCUACCAAAAACCUCCCACGGAGGACUGUGGUAGCUCAGGGUAUCCCACGUAAAGAAGUUUUUUAAGUUAAUCUAGAAUAAACCCCCCAUCUCAAGAUCUUUAACUUAAUUAUAUCUGUGAAGUCCCUUUGCCAUAUAAGGUGACAUUCACAGGUUUUGAGGAUUGGGAUAUGGAUAUCUUUGGGAAACAUUAUUCAACCUACUACAGUCCUUGGUUAAAAAUUCUAUACAGUAGUCCCCUUUAUCCUCGGUUUCUCCUUCCCUGCUUUCAGUUACCUGCAGCCAACUGAGGUCUGAAAAUAUUAAAUGGAAAAUUCCAGAAAUAAACGAACAAUUCAUAAGUUUUAAAUUGCAUGUUGUUCUGAGUAGCCUGAUGAAAUCUUGCUGUGUUCUUCCUGAGACCCGACUCAUCCUUGGUCUAGUGCAGCAUGCUGUAGAUGAAACUUGCCUGGUAGUCAUUAGUAGCCUUCUUGGUGAUCAGACCGACUGUCGUGGUAUCUCAGUGCUUGUGCUCAAGUAAUCCUUAUUUUACUUAAAAUAUUAUAAUGUAUUCAUA